AUGCCAAACCGGUUCGACGAGUUUCAUAACGUAAUUGAUAAAUUAGACAUUGCAUACCAGCGACUCACUACGGACUCCAAUGAAGAUCUCACUUCGCAGUGGAACACUAUUAGUCUCACACUUCUAAAAACCCUCAACGACUUUUACAGAGAUCGAAUCACCAGUUUUCGCGAUAAACGAAAGAUUCAGACUCUUAUUGUUAAAUUGACCUCUCAACGUGCUGUGAUAAACCCUUCAAUUCGAGGUGGUUCACACGACGCUCCGGCAAUUCAAUGGGAUGAUUUGGAAUCUGCGUUCGAGAAGCGUUUGAUCACCGGGGUAAUCACCAACUUUCGAAUCAGCGACCUAAAACUAUUCCUAACAGCUGCAUACACCGUUAUUUUCGACAAACUCAACACAUUGCUUCGCCAACAUCACCAUCUGAAAGUCAACACCACGCUAUCUGCAACUUUUGUUCUGGAUGUGAAAUCCGAAACAAAAUUCUUUAAUACGAAGAAUGCUACUCUCCAAACAACCUUCAAUCCGGCGGAAUGGUACGACGAGUAUGUUGCAUCACCUCUACUUGCUCAAAUCGAAGAAUUUCAGGAGCGCGAUAGUGGCUGGGCCUUGAUUAGUAUAGAUAAUUUAUUAGUUAACAUUAACAAGUAUGAGCCGCUGGUAGGUUCAAUGUGGAUGGACUUGCCGAGCGAUAUUAAGGUGAAAAAAGCGGUUGUUAAUGUUCAAAAUGCCGAUAACGCCUGUUUUGCUUGGGCUUGCAAACGGGGCAAGCGGCAUCAAGUCUCAUCACUACUCAUCAGUCGGCAUGAAAAUCCAAGUAUCGAACACAUCAACUUGCUCAUGCUACACGAUGAAAACCUUGAUGAUGAAUUCUCCCAUGAAAGAACACACUUCUGUUGGAUUAAAAAUUUAUCGCGACUAGUCAAUCAUCAAUUGAAUGCACAUCAGUCCAACAAGUGGUUAAAGUUUAAGAAUUACUCGAACAAAAUGCAAGUACCAUACAUAGUUUACGCAGAUUUUGAGUGUUUGUUGGAGAAUUCCUCACAGUCUUCUGAAUCAUCGCAUACGAAGAUAUAUCAGAAACAUGUACCAUAUAGCACUGAAUUCGAAAACGCUGAAGUAUGUCACAUUUGCGAGCUAAAAUUUGUGCAUCCAAAUGAUCGCGUGGAGGAUCAUUGUCAUGUUACAGGACUAUAUCGCGGGCCUGCACAUUCAAAUUGUAAUCUGGAUUACAAACUCAAUCGCACCGUACCCGUUGUAUUUCACAACUUGAGUGGUUACGAUUCACACUUCAUCAUCGGUGAAUUGGCUAAUAUUAAAUCAUCCUCGCUCAGUGUUCUUCCAAUUACCAAAGAAAAGUACAUAGCAUUCACUCAGACGUUUCACAGCCUCGCCGUAAGACUUCAAUUCAUCGAUUCUUAUCGACAGAUGAGUUCGAGUUUAGCCGAACUCAGUUCUUACCUGCGACACAAUGAUUUAACGAAUUUGGAAUGUCAAUGCCCCAACGCCACAGAUUCGCAAUUCAAUCUUCUAACCUGCAAAGGGAUAUUUCUGUAUGAUUACGUGACCGAAGUUGACCGACUGAACGAACGCUCAUUACCCUCGAAAGAAUCAUUUUAUAACGUAUUGAACGACCAAAAUAUUGAAGACGAAGACUAUGCUCAUGCACAGAACGUUUGGUGUAGUUUUAAUAUCACAACAUUGGGCGAGUAUAGUGAUUUGUAUCUGAAAAUUGACGUCAUGCUCCUUGCAGACGUCUUUCAAAAUUUCCGCGAUAAUUGCCUCCGAAUAUAUAAGCUAGAUCCAGCACAAUACUGUACUUUACCUGGUUUUACUUGGGAUUGCAUGCUUUUCCACACAAAAAUUCAUCUGGAAUUGCUCACGGACGUUGAUAUGCUGCUGUUCAUUGAAGUAGGCUUGCGUGGAGGAUUGAGUCAAUGCUCGAAUCGAUACAGUAAAGCAAAUAAUAAAUACAUGACAGACUACAAUCCACAGUUGGAAACCAAAUCAUUGCUCUACUUGGAUGUAAAUAAUUUAUAUGGUCGGGCGAUGUCUCAGUACCUGCCUUGUAGAAAUUUUGAAUGGGUGCAUCGAGUACAUGAUUUUGAUUUCAUGCACGUCGGUGAAGAGUCUGAUGAUGGAUACAUAUUGGAGGUAGAUUUAGAAUACCCCGCCAAUGUUCACGUAUUACAUCAAGACUUACCCUUUUGUCCAAAUCAUCAAGAACCGCCCGGUGGGAAAACUCCUAAACUUUUAGCUACGUUGCAGAACAAGACACCAUCGUUGAAGAGUUAUAUUGAUUUGAACACGACGUUAAGAGCCAAAAGUGCCAACAAAUUCGAACAGAAUCUAUACGAACUGAUGAACAACGCGGUAUUUGGUAAAACAAUGGAAAAUGUUCGUAAAUAUUCAGACGUCAAGUUAGCGCAAAAAUGGCAUGGACGUUGCGGUGCCAAAGCACUGAUAUCGCAACCAAAUUUCCACAGUCGAAGUAUAUUCGAUGAUAAUUUCGUUGCGAUACAGCUGAACAGAUUCGCCACCAGCGAUUAUCCUGCGGAUAAUAUUUAUAAAAUCCCUCAGGUUAACAAAAAAGUUGUAGGACUAAUGAAGAAUGAGAGAAAUGGCGAAAUAAUGACUGAAUUUGUCGGAUUGCGAUCCAAAAUGUAUGCGACGCGAAUGGAUGACAAUAAGAUCGUGAAGAGAGCAAAAGGUGUGGAAAAUAAUGUAUUGAACCAUCAAAUAACUUUCGAAAAUUAUCUCGACUGCCUUAACCAACACGAGAGUAUUUCAAAAACGCAGCGGACCAUUCGUUCGAUUCUGCAUAAAGUGUAUUCAAUUCGACAAUUGAAACUUGCUUCAAGCCAUCACGAUGAUAAGCGGUAUUUACUACUCGAUAGUACAGACACGUUACUCUGGGGGAUGGUAGAAAUUACACCAUCUGUAUAG